AUGAAAGUUGUCCUUCAUUUAAGUAGAUUUGAAGACAUUGUAGAAUUUAUUUUUAUUAAUAAAAAAUGUGCUGACACAAUUAAAGCAUUAAAAGUAAAUCCUCCUUUUAAUGAUGAACUUGCACUAAAAAAAUUCUUUAAAUUCUUUACACCUGAAACUCUUGACAGACCUUAUUUAACAACAGAUAUAUCUAUUUAUAAUAAAGUAAAAUGUAUUAGAGAUGUAAUUAUAUCUAUUUUUUGUCGUCUUAACGCUCCACAUAAACAAAUAAUUCCACUUCUUUCAAAAAUUGUUUCAAUACGUUUAGAUACACCUUCUGUAUAUGAAAAUAAACCAAUAACAAUUGAUUUCUUUAUAAAACAUGCAACUAAAUUUAUUAACUUACAAUGUAUUAGUGGAGACUUAAAAUUAUUAGUUAACUUCUUUAAGAAUUAUUCAUAUAAUGGAACAAAUAAAAGUGCUAAUUAUCCAAAAAAAAUUAUUAUUAAUAAUUAUGAAGAUCAACCAUUAAUUUUAAGUAAUUCUACAGUUAAACUAAUAAAUAAACUAAAAUCUUAUUUACGUUUAAGUGAUGAAAUUCAAAUUAUAAUAAUUACUUACUCACAUCCUUCAAAUCCUGAAUUUUUAAAAUGUUUAACUGGAGUUACUUAUUGUUAUUGUGUUGUAACUCCUCAACAAUGUAUUCCGAAAGAAGAAAAUCUUUGUGUGUUACAAGGAAAUUUUAUUUUAGAAGAAACAACAGAUGGAAAAAGAUUUGAACAUUUACUUCAAAAGGCUUAUGUUCAAUCAAUUCAAUUUAAUAAUAUUCGUUCAAUAACAACACAUUGGGAUAUUCCAAAUUUUAUUAAAACAUUAAUAAUUUAUGAAAUGGACUUAAGAGAAAAUCAAAAUGAAAGUAAUGAUAGCCAAGAAGAAGAUGAUAUUAAUGAUGAUGAUGUACAAAUAGAUUAUUUUUUAAAAACACCUUUUCUAGAAGAAUUAUGUCUUAGUCGAUGUUCAAAUGUUUCGUAUCAUUUAAACACUUUUACCAUUAAAAAAGUUACUAUAAAUGAUUGUUUUAAUAUUUCUCUACAAGACAGUGAUAUUUCACCAUUUCCUCAUCUUAAUAAAAUAUCUAUUUGUGGCUCAGAUAAAUUAUUUAUUGGAAUUACUAAUACUGUAAUGGAAACACUAUCUAUUGAAAGUUCUUCUUAUUGCGUUAUCAAAGGCUCAAUUGAUUGUUGUCAUAGAGUCAAUAUUAAUAACUUGUAUAAAUGUGUUGUUCCUUGCAUUAAUUUUUUAAAAUCAAAUAUUCAUAUUGAAGGUUGUAUUAAAACAUUUUUUUCAAGUACUAAAACACUUAACGACAUUACUAUUUCUGUAGAUGAUGAUGACGAUGAUGAAAGUAAUAAAGAAAUUAAUACUAUUUCAGAAGAUGAUACAGAAAGAAACAACCCAUUAUCAUUCAAAGGUAUUAGUUAUAAAGACCUUAAUUGUUUGAUGUAUAAUACUUUUAAUUAUCCUUGCGAUAAUAUCCAAAAUUAUUUGAAAGAUCUACUUACUUUUUACAAACCAAGAAAAUUUAAUGUUCAAACUGAUAGAAUAGAAUUAAUUGAUAAUUCUAUUAAACGCUUAAUACCAGUUUAUGGUGAAAAUUUUGAUGCUUUAGUAUCUGAUAGAUUUGUACUACCUGAAGAUAAAAGAAAGAUGCGAAUUAUGACUCAAAGUGGAAUUGUAGAAUCUGAAGCUCUGAUUCAUUACUAUGAAAUUGAAGUUUAUGGGUAUUGUCUACUUUCUUUAGGAUUAUGUUAUGACCAAAAUUGCAUAUUUAAUUUUGAUGAACAACAUGUAGGAUGGUCCGAAGGAAGUAUUGGAUACCACUCAGAUGAUGGCUAUAUUUAUAAUGGAGACAGUAAUGGUAACCCAUAUGGACCAGCUUAUGGAACACAGAAAAAUGGACAUAACAUUAUUGGUUGUGGAUAUGAUACAAUUAGUAAAUCUGUUUUCUUUACUUUUAAUGGAGAAAAAUUAAAAUCUAUAAAAAUGGAUGACACAAUUCCAAUAUCUGCGGUCAUUGUUGUAGAAAUGUUUAAUAAAAUUACAAUAAACUAUGGAGAUACUCCAUUUAAAUUUGAUUUACUAGAAGAAAUAAAACAUGUUGAUCCAGAAAAUGUAUCAGACAUUAUUACUAAUUGA